UUUUAUCCCUUAAUAUUUUUUUUUAAUUCCAAUAAUACCCUCACUAAAAGCCCCAAGCCCUAAUAUACCUUUUCCUUUUCUUUUCUUCUUUCUCCUCCAUAACCGAUUAUUUUCUCUGUGAUUUCAGUGAUAAAGAUUCAUCCAACAAGAAGCAAAUUCUUGUGAGUGAUUGAAGAACAGUAGUUGGAACACGGUGUCCUGGCUUCUGGUGAUGAAGAUCCUUGCAGCAAACGCAGGUGCUCUCACAAAUUUUGAGGUGCUUGAUUUUCUACGCUCCAGAGGUGCAGGAAGAGAUCCUACGCGGGUCAUUUUUCCCAUUGCGCCAUCAGAGUUCAAGGUGUAUGAUUAUUUAGAGCAAACUGCUGCUUGCAAUCAGACGAGACAAGUGAUUGGUGAAUUCUUGGAAAAAUGUAAGAGUGUCAACCUUGCGAAAGCUGAGAUCCUUAACAUCAUCAACAUCAGGCCAUCUUCACUUGUUGAACUUUAUCCGAUAAUUGAGGAAUAUGACACCCGUUUUGGAGAAGCUGCAGAAACAAUGGAAGAGUUUGUGGAAACUGUGGUGAAGCUGUUGCCGCCGCCUCCAAACCAAAUGCAGUCUGAAGAAGAAACUGCUACGGAUCAAAAAGAAGCUGCAGAUGGGGAAAGGAUGGAGACUGCAGAAUAGACUGCAAAAGAUAGGUAAAACAACAACAACAACAAUAUACCCAGUGUAAUCCCACAAGUGGGGUCUGGGGGAGGAUAUUGUGUACCUUAUGAAGGUAAGGCGGUUGUUUCUUAUAGACCCUUGGCUCAAGUAAAUUGCAGAUCAUACAAGAAAUAUUUGGUAAAUGCGAAAUGUUUUGUUGUACAUAACAUAGUACUGAAACCUACUAGUUUGGCUUGAGCGAUAGUGAUCGAUGCUUGCUACAUUCUUGAACAUGAACGGUCUAGAAUGCUGAUUUCUCAGUUGUCGAUGUUGAUAUUUGCUUGA